UUUUACCUAUCAUUCUAUGUAGUAUAUAAAAAAUGUCAGAAGACUUAAAUGCUGGAACUAGUGGAGAUGCUUAUGAAAAACUUAAGGGUUUGCAUUUAUCAUCUCUUGAUGACGAGGAAGAUGAAGAUGAAGUUCUAAUUGAUGACAAUGUACAUGAUGAUUUAUAUGAUGAUGAGGAUGAUGAAGACAAAGUACCUGUAUCAUUAGGCUUUGUGGAGAAGAAGAGGAAUUCAUGGUCUUUGCUUCGACAGCUGUUCCCAAGCAAAGCUGGGGCUACUCCUGCUUGGCUGGACCCGAUUAACUUGCCUUCAGGGAGGUCUUGUCUUUGUGACUUUUGUGGUGAGCCUUUGCAAUUCAUGCUCCAGGUCUAUGCACCACUAACUGAGAAGGAUUCAACAUUUCAUCGCACAGUUUUUGUCUUCAUGUGUCCAUCAAUGUCUUGCCUUCUUAAAGACCAGCAUGAACAGUGGAAACGACAUCCAGGAGCUACAUUGCGAAGUGUUAAGGUCUUUCGCUGUCAAAUGCCUCGCCUCAACUCUUUUUAUUCAAGUGAACCUCCAAAAAAUGAUGGCACAGAUAAACCUUCUGGAGAUGGAGCUGCACUUUGCAGUUGGUGUGGUACCUGGAGAGGAGAUAAAGUUUGUAGUGGUUGCAAAACAGUUCGUUACUGCUCUGAGAAACACCAGGCUGCUCAUUGGCAAUCAGGUCAUAAGAAGAAUUGUUUCUCCAACAUUUCACUGAAUGAAUCCAACUCUAAUGGCACAGCUGCAAGGAUGCUGAAAGGUAAAUUUAAUUUGCAAACAGUUGCAAGUAAAUCUUUGUGGCCAGAGUAUGAGAUCUCAAAUGAGGAUGAAUGUGAUGAGGUAUCUGAUGAUCAUACACAUUCCACAUCCCUGGUUUCUGCAAGCCAAGCGGAUGAAACAUACAAUUCACUGCUGGAUAGCUUUGAGGGGGAUGAUGACAAGAAGAGUUGGGCAUCUUUCCAGGAGAGGAUAUCGCGUGCCCCUGACCAAGUGUUGAGGUAUUGUAGAUACGCUAAAGCUAAACCCUUGUUGCCCGUGUCGAGUGGCCAGCCAUCAAACAGUGACAUCCCAAAGUGCAGCUACUGCGGUGGCCCUCGAGCCUUUGAAUUUCAGAUUUUGCCACAACUUCUUUACUACUUCAAUGUGGGAAAUGAUGUGAAUUCUCUCGAUUGGGCAACUGUGGUUGUAUACACAUGUGAAGCCUCGUGCGAAGGAAGCAUGGCUUACAAGGAGGAAUUUGCUUGGGUUCAAGUUGCAUCCCAGUCAAAUGCUUAGAUAAACUGAAUCCAAAGCAUUGGAUUCAUGUUUGGAUGAAGCAGAUUAGUACAUUUUUAUUGCGUGGAUGAACUUCUAUUAUUCCAUUACUCUCCAAAUGUGGGCGUUUCAAGUAUGGCGGUCUCUUCCAACCAUAUGAACUUGGGAAAUAGAAUCUCGUCAUAAUCAAUAUUCUCCAUACACACCUUAACCUGGUUUGUACAAGCAUGUGUGGAUCCUCCAACAGAUAAUGAACGAACUGUGGAUAUAUAUUAUGGUAAGCCAUGGUGUAUGUUUUAUGCCAUCGCUUUUGAGUUUGGAUUUCCUAGCAUCAUUGGAGUAGAAGUUUUGGCAAGAUGGAUUGAAUUAAGAGGUUUAGUUAGUCAAAUUUUGGGUGGUUUUUAUUAUUAUAGAUUUUUUAAUGUUUUGAAUAGAAUAGAACUGAAAUGAAAUAUAUAUUGCGGUUUACAUC